UUUUACCAACUCAAGAAAGGGCACGAAGCAACCGCGGAAAAAGUAAAGGCUCUUAUUACAAGUGAAUGGUAGCAGGUUGCUAAGGAACAGAACACAGAGAGAGGCAGUCAGAAUGUAGCAUGCAUUACACUAGUGAAAACUUUGUAGUGAGCCUACUUUCAUCAUUUUGUAUUUAUUUUUUGAAUGGAGUAAAAUUGGUUUACAAAAAGCCUAUUGUUAGCUGUGUAAUAACAGCCCCCACACAACUUGAUGUCAGUGGUUUCCACAACAAUCAUCACUUUGCUGUUGACCAACUUUGUGGCAUUUACAAAUCAAUUCUUACAAAUUAAGCUUGGCAAAAACUUGAGCACUGAACGCAACUGUACUGGGGCUGACGAGUCGUGAGAAGUGCGGAUCCAUUUACAAGCUUUUAUUACAAAGAGACGUGGUCGAAACAGGCAUGGGUCAAACAAAAAAGGUAUAUAGAGGGCAAGACAAAGAAUAUUCCUAGGGAAAGCAUGGGUCUUCGAUGAACGAACAAUAUCCAGAGGGCUAAGAAAGAGGGCUAAUCGAGAAUACAGAUCAAAGGGUCAAAACACGAGAAACAGGGCAAGGCAGGAAAAAGACUAAUCUAUGAAAACUAUAAACUGCAAAAAACUAUGAAAACAAACACGGAAUAGCUUGGUAUCACAGCUAUCACUAGGAGAGCGAUGUUUGCAGAACAAUACUCAGCAGUGUGUGAAAGGAAGUCCAAUGCUAAAGCGUGUCUGAUUGAUUGUGCUAUGUGUGUGUGUAAUUGGUCUCAGGCGCAUAUGUGAUUGUUAUCAGGUGACUGUGAUUGGUGCAAUGGAGCAAGGGAAAUGUAGUCCAGGGUGUACUGUGUAAUGUGAGAGUCUAUAUUGUGGUUGAUGACCGGGUGGUGAAUAAACAAAAGUUCAGUGACCGGAUCAUGACAGCAACUUUCAAUAGUCACAUGCAACUCCUGCUACACCAGUGGUUAUAGGUGCAAUCAUAACAAAUGUGCAUAGCUAAAAUUUUGGCUUUGAGUCAAAGUUCAAACUUCACAUUCUGUAAAUAAUAAACUAGACUGAUUAUCUUGUUUUUUACAAACAUUUGAAUCUUUUCUGUACUUUGAUGUUUAAACGUAACAAGAAACUUGAUGACAAUGAUGGCAACAUUGACACCGGUGUAUAUGAGUUGAUGGGCAGAGCAGAUAAUCUUUGGUUGGUUGAUCCUAAUGAGGAACACCAAAACAAUGAAGAUGAAAAUGUCUAUACUCCCAUGGGUAGAGAUGGGGAAGAGUAUGACACCAUCCUCACAUCCAGCAGCUCUGUAGUAAUAGUGAACCGCCCCCCUGCACCGACCCCUCGACCUGACUCCCUGCCUACCCCAGAGGACAAAACUCCCUUCAUCGCACAAGUUUUCCAGAAGAAAAAGUCACAAGGAGAUUCUGAAACACUGUACUCUUUUCCCACAAGACAGGGGAGGCAGAGGGACAGCAUCUCAACCACGUAUGACACCUUUAUGCCCAGUCAGCCACCAGGACUGGACGAGCUGAUAAAACUUCAGCAGGAGGUGAAGAUGGGCUCUCUGAGUAUAGAUGAUGCUUUGGAUCGAUUCAAUGACUGGCAGAGGCUUCAGAAGGGAAUGGACAGCAUCCAACAGGAGAAAAUACAGCAGCUGAGGGCUAGUAUCAUCAGCAACAGAGAGGAUGAUGAAAGUGUCUAUGAUAAAAUCAGCAUCAUCCAUCACACACCAACUGCAUCUGCAAAUGAGUGUCGAAGAGCGAGUCAGCAAGCGGACACUGAGUUCUACAGUAAACCUAUAAAAGGACAUAAUACAUCCUGAUUGUGGAAGCACUGAUCUGUCAAAGAAAUUUAUUAAACAAUAUAGUGUACAUUAAUAUCAACAAUUUCAUGGCAAUUCGUAACUAUUUUACAUGCUAAUUGUGGCUUAUUUGUAUGUGUUUUUAUGAUCAUGUUUGUACAAGUUCAUAUGAUUGGCUGGCAGUUUAGGUUUACUUAUUCAUACGGAAUAAAUUUUUUCAUUGAAUAAGGUUGCUUAAUAUCCAGUGUCAGAGCAAUAAUAAACAAUUAUUCACUUGUAUUUAUAUUACACUAAGCUAAUACUUUAGAAUAGGAACAUCUAUUCACUAUUAACUAAUUGCUUAUUAGCAUGCAUACUCAUAACAUAUUGCCUAUUAAUUAACCUACUAUCAGUAAGCAUCAAAUUGGGAUUUUAUUGAGAGAAAACUCUUAGCAAAUAGUGAAUAUGUGUUCCCUAAUCUAAAGUGUUACUUCCACUGUUUAAUUCUCCCACUACUUCUUUUUAAAUGACUACUCAAGAUUGUGUUGUACAUUUUCAUACAGAGAUCUUUUUGUAUCCUUUACUGCCCCCCCCCCCCCCCAAAAAAAAAAAAA